UAAAAAGUUGGAUUAAAAGUUUUCGGUAUCUAGUCGCACAGAAUGGCUGAUGAUAAAGAUGAUAUCAGAGAACCAGCUGACGAAGAAGGACUGAAGGUUGUCGAUGAACUGAAAAUGUCCAGAACUGAGGAACCUGAGUACACAGUGAAUUUUGAGAAACUGAGAGACAAAAUUGUGUAUGAUGGGAUGGGGAACAAAGUCAAGUUUGGAGACAUUUAUAAAAUGCAAAAGACAAUUAUUGUAUUUGUUCGGCACUUGCUAGAUUUUGUGACAAAGGACUAUGUAGAAGACCUAGGAAUGAUUCCACUAGAAUACUUACAGUCAUCUGAUGUUAGAUUAGUUGUUAUUGGGCCAGCACCUUACAAAUUUAUCAGUGACUUUAAAAAGGAAACAGGUUUUCACUAUACAUUCUACUGUGACCCAGACAGGGAGUUAUACAAAGAAUUAGAAUUAGGCCAGGAAUAUGAACCCACAGAUGUUAGCAAAAGCAAACAUGUGAAGCAGAAUUCAUUUAUGGGUGUACUACGGGGUAUGUGGAAGAUAAUGCGGGUACAGGAAUGGCAGGGAGAUGUGAAACAACAAGGAGGUGCAUUCAUACUUGGGCCAGGAGAAGUUGUGCAUUACAUACAUAUAGAUAAGAACCAGAUAGAUCAUGCACCAAUUAAUGAGUUACUAAAGAGAGCCGGGGUCCAGCAGGUCAGUUUUCCAAAAGACCCAAGAGUUCAAGAAUUAUAGCAUCAUGUUUUGCCUGCAUGGCACAGAGAAAUAAGAUGUACUAAACUGGACAUGAUACAUAAAGUCUGUUGAGCACAACAGUACAACACUAAUGGUGCAAUUUUAUAUGCUGAAAGGGUAUACAAAUAGAUGCAGUCAGUUCCUUGAAAUUUGCAUAAUUAUGUCACUUGAAAGGUAGACAUGCUAUUGCAUUUUCAAGAAGGAAAAUAUUACUCAUUUUAUGUUAUCAUACAAGUUCACCAACAUCAAACAGAGUUUUGUUGUAAUUAGAGCCUGUGCGUUUUAAAGGCUGAGAUUUUGUUGUGCAAUGCAUUGCAUAGGAAAGAAAUGGGCAUCUGCUUAAAAUAUUCAGGUGAUGUAAUUGGCUCACUACAUACAAAUGAAGACAGUUUUGAUUUUGAAAGUUUAGAUUUUACAUGCCACGUUGUACUUUGUAAACUGCUCUGAACUUUGACAUAUGCAACACAUAUUGAAAUAUGUGUAAUAGUUCUACACAUAUCAAUGCAGCAUUAGCCAUGUCUAUACAUGUAUAAAUGCUUAAUGUUGUUUGUAUCUGCUGUGGUAAAGUCUAGAUAUUGCUUGGUGUUACGCAUUAUUGUGACUUUUUCUGUUAUUGCAGAAAUUCCAUGUGCUGUAACAUACUUUGCAUGAAAACGAAAAAAAAAAAUAUUAUUGUAAAAUUAUCACACGAUGUGUAAUUGGAUCAAUUGCCAUGGCAAAAUGAACCCAGCACCUUCUUUCUUUGUCACAACAGCCAGGAGUAGUUUUCAUCUGCUGAUCCAAAUUGAAAUAUUGCAAAACAUAUUUAUAUGAUUUUGUUAAAUGUCAGUCAUGAACAGCUGAAAUUAACAUUUGUAAAUCUGAUUGCAGUUUAUUGAUGUAGAUCACAUACUUGAAAUCUUUUGAUUUCAUGGGUAUGACAUUUUGUGGUUUUUGCUCUGAAUAUGGCUUUCCAUUUGACAUAAACUGGUGGAUUCCCACUUCAUCUUUUUAGUAGGAUUUUAUUAGGUUGAUUGAAACAAUCGCAAAAUGUACAAAACUUAGGCCCCCAUGAAUAUUUAUUGAUCUCACAGUAAUAAUUUAUCAUUACAUGUAUUUAUUUUUUCAUCAUUUUUUACCUUUUUUGUCAAUUAUGCAUGUUGUGCAUAAUUGAAUCAAAGAGUUAACAGUUGAAACUUGAUGUUUUGAACUCACUUAUCUCAAAAUUCCGGCUAUCUUGAAGACUUUUUCAUGUCCCAUCCCAAAAAUCAAUUUAAGUCAAAUUUUGGUUAUCUCGAAGUAAAAUGCUUAAUCCCUUGAAAUUUGAAAUACCGGGUUUCAACUGUAUAUAAUCAAGUUAUUGAAGUUAAUGUUAAAAAACUAUAUGUCUAGUUUAGCUUUAUAAUAUGUUUUGAGUCAGUUAGAUAGAAAGGAUUCUUUGUUAUUUCUGUAACUUGGCUAUAAGAAGUUUAUUUGAACUUGAAGUAGUCAUAGUUUACAUAUAUUGUUCACAGCUCUGUUAUUUUACUCUGUAGUUAGUAUUAUUUCUGUUUGUAUGUAAAGAUCUUUUGAAAUUCUCUCUGUAUAUCUGCUGUCACAUAUUUAUUUAUGCAUUUACCAAAUAUUUGUGUAUUUCUAUUUUUAUGUAACUUAUACAUUUUUGAGAUUAAUCAAAUUGUUCUUUUAGUAUUUGUUGAAGCUUUGACAAGUCACUAGUUCGCUGGGCUCAGUUCUAGGUAUGUGGUGCAUGUUUCGGGUGUAGGGACAAUUGUCCCUAUUAAGAAUUAGAUUGCUGUAAUCAUAGGGACAGAAUUAACAUCAUGUGUCAGCUGCUAAAUUUUUAUGGGUAUUUGACUUAAAAUUGCACCCUGUAAACUAGAGGGUUCGCCAAUGCUUUAUAUUCAGUGUUGUAUGCUUUGAUUGACUGAAUUUUGCCGUUUGACUUGAACUAUAUAUAUAAACUAUAUACAUUGUAUAUAAAUAUUAACAAAUAUGUCAGGGCUUCAUUUUGUUUACUCGUUAACCAGGUUUUCAAGGAAAACCUGAGUUAUUAGAUUGGGGUAGAUGUCGGUCGGGCGGGCGGCGGCGGCAUCAAACUGGCGUUUUCGGUCAAUAACUUUUGUUUUGGUAAAGAUAUUUGAAUAAAACUUGGUAUGUAUGUAGCUUAUAUCAAGACAAAGGCUGGGAUUGAUUUUGGGGUUUCUGGGGUCAAGGUCAAGGUCACUGUUACUUAAAAUAGAAAAAGGGUUUCCGGUCAAUAACUUUUGUUUCGGUAAAGAUAUUUGAAUAAAACUUGUUAUGUAUGUAGCUUAUAUCAAGACAAAGGCUAGGAUUGAUUUUGAAAUUUCUGGGGUCAAGGUCAAGGUCACUGUUACUUAAAAUAGAAAAAGGGUUUCCGGUCAAUAACUUAACUUAGGAAUGAGCUAUCAUGAUGAAACUUGGUGUAUAGAAAACUUAUAUAAAGUUGUAGCUUGGGAUUGAUUUUGGGGUUUCUGGGAUCAAGGUCAAGGUCAUUGUUACUAAAAAUAGGGUUAGGGUUAGCAUAUCUUCUACAUGCAUGGAGGGAUUUUGAUGAAAGUUGGCACAAUUGUUCACCAUCAUGAGACGGAGUGUUAUGCACAAGAACCAGGUCCCUAGGUCUAAGGUCAAGGUCACACUUAGAGGUCAAAGGAUACAAGAAUGAAAACUUUGUCCGGAGCAUAUCUUCUUCAUGCAUAGAGGGAUUUUGAUGUAACUUGGCACAAUUAUACACCAUCAUGAGAUGAAGUGUCUUGCGCAGUUCCCUUCUUUAGAAUUACUUCCCUUUGUUGUUACUAUAAAUAGCUUAUAUUGUAACUUUUUCAUUACUAGACGUAGGGAAUAAUCGAGACCACUUUUCUGUAGUACAACAUGCAUGUUACAUCCAAUUUUGAGGUGUAUUUUGACCAAUCUUUACCUGGUAAGGAUUUCUGUGUGGACUUACAAUUUUUUUUUUUUUUUUAUGAUUAACUUCCCUUAGUUGUUACUAUAAAUAACUUAUAUUGUAACUUUUUUAUAACUGACCAUAGGGAAAAACCAAGACCACUUUUCUGUGGUACUACAUAGUUGUUACUUUCUAAUUUUAGGUGUAUUUUAAGGUAUCUCUACCUGGUAAGAAGUUUUUUUGUGGACUUAGAAAAACAAAAGAAUUACAAUGAUUACUAAACAACCACAAAAUUAAAAUUACAUCUGCAAAUACAGGUGCUAGAGUAAAGAAAUUUGCUGUGACGGGCGUAUAUUGUGACAUUCUGGCACUCUUGUUUAUUCUUAUGAAAAGUGUUGAAAACAUGGUUUCGUGGCAUUGCCGCGUUUCUUGUUUUCAUUUUGGUAUUGUUCAUGUCAAAACUGUUGAAGGCUUUUGACCUGUAAGAUUAAACUGCAUCUGUUGUUUGUUUUGUAACCUUCAAAUAUUAAAGUUGAAAAAUAAUUAUAUUUUUGACAAAAUAUUGUUGAUAUGUUCACACAAAUGAAGGCUUUUGACCUGUAAGGAUGAACUGGUAUUACUGUAAAUUUUUGAAAUUUUAAAACAUUAAAGUUGAAGUACAAAUUUUGACAUUUUAAAAAAAUAGUAUUUGUGUGAAUGUGCUCAUCUUUGGUAGUAAAAAUGUAUAUGAAAGGGAGGUAAUUAAAAAUUGGCAAACUACAUAAACGAAAAAGACUUAAAGAUUGAACAUAAAUUUUUGCUCUGUAAAUAUUCAUGUAAAAUGGUUAUUCAUUUUAAUGAGAAGGUUGAAAACUAUUUUUGAUUCAAUGUAAAACUGGCAUGAUUGUAUUUGAUGGGUUCAAGAGAGCAAAUUACACUGUUAACUUUGGAAUGAAAUACAGAUUAGAAAAAAUUAAUGGCUCUGUAUUAUUCUUAUCCAUAUAAUUGUUAGUAAUUUUAGAAGACAAAGUUAGUAGUCAUAGACUUGACCAUUUCAGUUAUCUUGCUACUUCACCUCAGAUUGUCUCCCAGUUUUGUAUGCAGUCUAUCUAAAUUUCUUAUAGUUCAUUUUGGACCUUUGUGACAGUUUUUGCUGACAUUGAACCACUUGCUGUUUACCAAUGUGGGUUCAAGCCUUGUUCAGGGCAUUGAAUUUCAUGUGAGGAAGCCUUCCAGCUGGCUUACAGAAGGUUGAGGUGCCGGCCCAUGAUGAAAUAAUGCACAGAGGGGCUGCUUCAUCCAUCAAAAGCUGGAAAGUCGCCAUAUGACCUAUAAUUGUGUUAGUGUGACAUUAAACCAUGCAAAAACAAAUAGUGUUCAGUCACAGUACAGGAAUGAUUGUUGAAUAUUUUUUGUUUUGACUAAUGCAGCCUAUACUCCUAAAAUCCCCAUCCUAGCUAACAGUCUUUCAUGGUUAAAAGGAAUGUGAUUUGAACUCCGAUCAAGAAUUGUUUAGUCUUUAAGGUGAUCAAUACCAAUUUAAGCAACAUUUUAUUACAUAAUGCACUUUCCUUGUUAAAUAUAUAGUCAAUGAACAAAAAGCUCCAUUACAUAAUUAUGUCCUUGUAAGAAAUUUGUGUUUUGAUUUCAUAUAUGAAAAUUAGUUAUCCGUUUUUAGCUCAUCUGAUUUUUUCAAAAAGAAAAUGAUGAAUUAUUGUCCUCACUUGAUCGGCGUUGGCGUUGGCGUUGCCUGGUUAAGUUUUAUGUUUAGGUCAGUUUUUCUUCUAAACUUUCAAAGCUAUUGCUUUAAAACUUGCAACACUUGUUCACCAUCAAUAGCUGACUCUGUACAGCAAUAAACAUAACUCCAUCCUCUUUUUGCAAGAAUUAUGGCCCCUUUUGGACUUAGAAAAUAUCAGAUUUCUUGGUUAAGUUUUGCGUUUAGGUCAACUUUUCUCCUUAAAGGUCAAAGCUAUUGCUUUAAAACUUGGAGCAGAUAUUUGCCAUUAAAAUUUAACUCUGCACAGCAAGUAUCGUUACUCUACAUUCCUUUUUGCAAGAAUUAUGGCCUCUUUUGGACUUAGAAAAUCAGGCUUCUUGGUAAAGUUUUGUGUUUAGAUCAGCUUUUCUCCUAAACUAUCCAAACUAUUGCUUUAAAACUUGCAACAUUUGUUCACCAUCAAAAGCUGACUCUGUACAGCAAGAAACAAACCUCCAUCCUGCUUUUUGCAAGAAUUAUGGCUCCUUUUGGACUUAAAAAAUCAGAUUUCUUGGUUAAGUUUUGUGUUUAGGUCUGACAGCUUUUCUUGUAAACUAUCAAAGCUAUUGCUUUAAAACUUGCAACAUUUGUUCACCAUCAAAAGCUGACUCUGUACAGUAAGAAACAUAACUCCAUCCUGCUUUUUGCAAGAAUUAUGGCCCCUUUUGGACUUAGAAAAUAUUAGAUUUCUUGGUUAAGUUUUGCGUUGAGGCCAUCUUUUCUCCUAAACUGUCAAAGCUAUUGCUUUAAAACUUGCAACACUUGUUCACCAUCAAAAGCUGACUCUGUACAGCAAGAAAUAUAACUCCAUCCUACUUUUUGUAAGAAUUAUGGCCCCUUUUGGAAGUAGAAAAUAUCAUAAAAACACACAGGUAGGACAAUAUUUCUAUUAUACAGAGACAGAAACAAAAAAAAGUCAGAUGAGCGUCGGCAUCCACAAGGCGGUGCUCUUGUUAUAUGAAAGUAUUUCAAAGGCUAUGGGCAAGAAUCUUGGUUGAACCAGGAUAGCAAAAUCAAAUCUUUAAGAUACCUGCUGUGAAAAUCUUACAUGUUAUAAGCAUUCAGUGAACAUAAGUAAGUUUACAUGAUCAGACUUGCAAGUUUCAAGCUAGUCCAUUACUUGAACAAAAUCAGAUUAACCAACUUCAGUCAUAAGUUAUUCUUACAUUUUAAUUUAAUUGAUUGCAGAUCCACUGUAAACAUUUAAUGACAUACUCUUUUCUUCCAAAAGAGAUCUAAAUGUGUAAUUUUUAAAUUGUUUUAGAAAGAUUCCAGGAGUAGCUGUGAGGGAUUCCACAAGUAGUGAUGACAGAUUCCAUGUGUAGUUAUGGGAGAUUCUAUGAGUAGUUGUGAGAAAUUUCAAUUAGUAGUUUUGAGAGAUUAAAUGAAUACCGUAGUUGUGAGAGAUUUCAUAAGUAGUUUUAAGAGAUUCCGUAAAGAGUUAUGAGAGAUUCCAUGAGUAAUUGUAAGAGAUUCUGUGAUUCUUUGUGAGAAAUAUCAUGAAUAGUGGUAUCAGAGUCCAUGAAUCUAAUAAUGAGAGGUUCCUUACAUAAUUGAGUGAGAUCUCAUGUGUAGUUGUGAGUAGAUCUAGUUAUAAGAGACUCAAUGAGUAGUUGCAGGGCAUUCCGUAUGUGGUUGUGAGAGAUUCCAUUCGUGGUUGUGAGAGACUGUGUGUGGUUGUGAAAGACUGUGUGUGGUUAUGCGAGAGAGACUUGUGUGUGGUUAUGAGAGAGGGACUGUGUGUGGUUGUAAGAGAUUGUGUGUGUUUGUGAGAGACUGUGUGUGGUUGUGAGUGAUUCUGUAUGUGGUUGUGAGAGACUGUGUGUGGUUGUGAGAUUCUAUAUGUGGUUGUAAGAGAUUCCAUUCAUGGUUGUGAGAGACUGUGUAGUUGUGAGAUUCUAUAUGUGGUUGUGAGAGAGAGACUGUGUGUGGUUGUAAGAGAUUGUGUGUGGUUGUGAGAGACUGUGUGUGAUUGUGAGAGAUUCUGUAUGUGGUUGUGAGAGACUGUGUGUGGUUGUGAGAGAUUCUGUAUGUGGUUGUGAGAGACUGUGUGUAGUUGUGAGGUUCUAUAUGUGGUUGUAAGUGAUUCCAUUUGUGGUUGUGAGAGAUUCUUUGAUAAUUUGCAAGUGAGAGAUCCCACCAUUAGUUACACCAUGAGAACUACUGAGAGUUCCAUGCACAGUUGUGGACAUGAUGUCGACAUAGGUGUGAGGGCUUCCAUGAGUAUUUGUACAUUUUGUAGACUGCCAGCAAACUUGGACUGUAUGGUAGUACUUGCAAUACUGGUAGAUUCACUCACAACUUGUCAUAGAAUCUUUCGUAAAAAUAACAGAAUCUCAUUACUAAAUACGGGUCAUGUUUGUCGUACAAUACUUUUUGACAUUUUAGACUCUUCCUGUAUAUUGAAAAUAUGUGUGUGUAUCAAAUUAUUAUUUCUCAGACCUAAAUGUUAUGAGACAAUAAAGACAUGAAACAGUAA